CCUCACUUCUUAGCAAACAUCCACACCCCAAACACUCCUACCUCCGCCGUCGUCCACCAUGGCUGACGAGCCCCGUCGACGCGGCCGCUUCGACCAGACCGAGCCUACGCAGAAGCGUGCGACCAAGUACGACCGUCGCUCGCGCUCGCCGUCUACGCGCAAAUCCGAGGCGCGCCGCAGUCGAAGCCCAAUCCCGCGAGACGAGCCCAAGCCUAAGCCUGCCGAACCAGAAAAGAAGAGAAUCGAUCCGGCCGCUGCUGUUGCUGCUGCUGCGGCGGCUGCUGCGAAGAUCAACGCGCAGAUCGAGGCGCGCAAGCGGGCUCAGCCUGUCGACGUGCCGCCCAUCCGCGCUGUAUCAAGCCCAGCGGUCGCCGUCUCUCCGGGUGCCGCUGCCGCCGCUGCACUCACAAAUGAAGUAUAUCAGCAAGAUGGGGACUACAUUAAAGACAUCGAAGUCAACGACUUGCGCAACCGCUACACACUGACCAAAGGCGCUACUCAAAAGAUGAUUGCGGAUCAAACUGGUGCCGAUGUCACAACUCGCGGCAGUUACGUUCCCAAUAAGAGCAUGGCCACUGCAGCGAACCCACCGCUUUACUUGCACGUUACUAGCACUACCAAGGAGGGACUCGAGAAAGCCGUCGCGAUAAUUGAAGAACUCAUGAAUCAGGAACUGCCCAACCUUGUUGACGAGCGUAGAUUCCGUCGUCGCGAACCAGAACAAUUUGAGCGUGACGAGCUUGGCCGGCGCAAGUGGCCUGAAGAGAGGAUCCCUAUCGACCUGGAACCUAUUCCUGGAUUCAACUUGAGAGCUCAGGUAGUUGGAGCUGGAGGUGCUUACGUCAAACAUAUUCAGCAAGAGACCCGAUGCCGUGUCCAGAUCAAAGGCCGUGGCUCUGGCUUCAUGGAGCCUGCUUCAGGCCAAGAGAGCGAUGAGGCCAUGUAUCUGCAUGUCGCCGGCCCGGACGCUGAAAUGGUACAGAAGGCCAAGAGCCUGUGCGAGGAUCUCCUUAGGAAUGUCAAGCUCGAGUAUGAGAGACAUAAAGAGCGCGGCCCAGGCCAUCGCUUCGGCGGAGACGGUUACUCCAACGGCGGCGGACGUCCCAGUUACGGAGACAGAGGUGACCGCGACCGCGGCCAGAGCCACGGCUACGGCGGUGGCUACGGCGGCUACGGCGGUCAAGGUAACGGCGGGCAACAAUCACCUGGCGCUGCAGCUUCGCUGAUGAGUCCAACAACUCCAGCUCCAGGCACCCCGGGUCAAAAUGGAGACUACGCUGCCCAAAUGGCUCAGAUGACUCAGAUGUACGCCGCCGGACAGGAUCCGUAUGCUGCUUACGGUGGCUACGAAGCCUAUUGUGCGUACUAUUACCAAUGGUACGGACAGCAAGGUGCCCAGCAACAGACUCCGGCUCCAGGCACCGCUUCUGCGCCUGGCACAGCUCCUCCGCCGCCUCCAAGCGAGGCUCCACCUCCGCCACCACCAGGAGCUCCACCACCAUCCGGAUACAAUGCCGACUCGUCUUCUCAGUACGUCUGGCGUCAGAAAGACAUCUGGCACCCCCAAAUGCCAUUUCGGGGCUUUUCUAUGCACAUUCCUUCCGCUCAAAAUCACUCCUUCUGGAAUGGACGAGCUCCGAAUCAUCGUUGUGCGUCUUGCAAUGGCCAGUUUCUGAACGUACUUUCUGGUUCUUCGAGUUCCCACACUCUUGUGGUUAAAGUUGAAAACGAGACUUCUUUGGCUGAACCACGGAAUGUCACUCCAAUGGUCAAAGUUGAAGACGGUGCUUCUUUGACUGAACCGCGGAAUGAUACUCCUAUGGUCGAAGCUGAAAACGAUACCUCUUUGGCUGAACCGCCGAAUGACACUCCUAUGUUCGAAGCUGAGUUGCAGAACGACGAUCCUGUUGUCAAAGUUGAAGAAGUUGAACACGAUAUUUCUAUGGCUGAAUUACAAAACGACACUGCUGUCUUUCAGCCUGAAGAACUCGAAGGCGUGACUUCCUUGGCUAGGCCGCGGAACGACACUCCUAUGUUCGAAGCUGAAUUGCAGAAAGACUCUCCUGUAAUCAAAGUUGAAGAAGUUGAAGACGAUACUCCUUCCUCGAUGAGUAUUUCGUCUUCGUCUUCUUGGUUCAUUCAGCCAGCGACACUCAUCUUCGAGGGCUUUGGUUCCAAGAACUUCGACAUUCACUCGUCCUGAUCAAUGUUCUGCGGACUCUCCUUUUGUCUAGUUUUCAUUUCGAAAACAUUGAACUGGGCUAAUUGUCGCUAGGUUCCUCCUCCCCCUGGGAUGUGAGGGAAUCAAAUGAUCGGAAGCAUGCAUAUGCGUAGGAUCUCGGGUAAAGGCAAGGUUGAGCUGAGGGUUUUGUUUUGGUUUUUAACCAUAAUGAGCAGGGUUGGCAGGUC